AGUGGGAAUUUAAAUUGGUGGUACAAGAAGUUAGUUAGCGAAAGGAUGAGAUGGUUUGAGUGAGACACAUUUUACCAUUCAUUCUUAGAAAAAGGCCACUUCUUGCUCCAUCUCUUUCCUCUCUUUCUUCCUCCUCCUUAUCUAUCUCUUCUUCUCCUUCUUCUUGAUUCUAGAGAGAGAAAUUAGAGAGAGAGUGAUGGGGAAUUGCCAGGCUGUGGAUGCUGCUGCACUAGUGAUACAACAUCCAAGUGGGAGGAUAGACAGGAUGUAUUGGCCUAUGAGUGCUAGUGAAGUGAUGAAAUUGAACCCUGGUCACUAUGUUUCUCUCAUCAUUCCUUUGCCUAUUUCUGGUGAGGAUCGGAAUUCAGAUGACAAGACGGUGCGUUUCACUCGUGUUAAGCUUCUCCGGCCUACUGAUACUCUUGUUCUUGGCCGAGCCUAUCGGCUUGUCACUACUCAAGAGGUUGUGAAGGUGUUGAGAGCGAAGAAGAACGCGAAGAUGAAGAAGAACCAAUCUGAAUCGGCUGAGAAGUCGCAGAAUAUGGAUAUGGAGAAGCAGAGUUCAAGCUGUCAAGCAAAAACAGGAGGCUCGCAAUUGGAGAGAACAAGUCAGGCAAUGAGACAUGAAAGACUCCGGCAAAGGCCAGGAUCGACGAAUUUUGCUGCAGCAAGGUCCAAAGCAGCAUGGUGCCCUUCUUUACAAAGCAUCUCAGAAGCCGGGAGCUAAUAAUGGUGUUUUUCGGAUUGUAAUGUUCGAGACAGCCCCUUGAAAAGUGGGGUGAACUACCCUUUUCAUCUACAGAUGAUCUUCUUCUUGUGAAGAAAUGGAAACAUAGAUACAAUAAAUUCAUGCAAUUAAGUUGCUAUCGGGAUUUUCUAAACCAUUGUCAAUCACAAGUCAAGUAUUUGAACCAUCAUUUCUGGUACAAAAAACCUCUCCCCUUUGUAUAGCUAAAGAAAGAAAGAGCAAUGGAUCUGACAUUGUUUACGCGACUAAAGAUUACGUUGCUGAAUUAUAUGUUACCUUCAAGUU